GCCGAAGAGGUUUGGAGCCGAGGCAGCGUGUGUUGAUGUGACAAACAAGACGAGCACAAAGGGGGGCAGAACACAAGCGGACUGCACAAAAGUAGUGGCGGUCCCACUUCCGGCGAUGCGGCUCAGGAUCUACUCGCGCAAAGUUUGAGAUUUCGGGGGGGGGGCUGCUGCAAAUAUGCAGAGACCGGGAGGGCAAGGGGCCGCCUUUUCCAUCGAUUCCCUGAUCGGGAGCCCCCAGCCCAGGCCGGGACACCUGCUCUACACGGGCUACCCGAUGUUCAUGCCCUACAGGCCGCUGGUCAUCCCGCAGGCCUUGUCCCACUCCCCUCUCUCCUCCGGGAUUCCUCCGCUCGCCCCGCUCGCCUCCUUCGCCGGCCGCCUCACCAACACCUUCUGCGCCAGCCUGGGCCAAGGCGUGCCGUCCAUGGUGGCCCUCACCACCGCCGUGCCGGACUUCUCGGACCCCCCGGACACCUUCUACCCGCCGCAGGAGCUGCCGGGCGCGAGGAGGCGGCAGAGCCCGCCGCGCUCCGACGACCUCCGCAGCCGCGACAAACGCGCAGACUUGCUCAACUUCUCGGAAACUUUCCAGGCGAUCUCAGGCGAGACCAAACUGUACAGUUCGGACGACGAGAAAGCGGACCCGAAGUGUGCCGAGGCCGCGUGCAGCGACCGCGACGACAGCUCGGCGGACAGCGACAACGAGAGCUUCUCGGACGGCAACGCGUGCGGGCCGCGCCCGCAGAAGGCCGAGCUGCAGCUCGGCGCGGCGGCCCCGCACGACGCGCCGCCGCCCGGCGCCGCCUCGGCCGCCAAGAGCCGCCGGAGACGAACCGCCUUCACCAGCGAGCAGCUGCUGGAACUGGAGAAGGAGUUCCACUGCAAAAAGUACCUGUCGCUCACCGAGCGCUCGCAGAUCGCGCACGCGCUCAAGCUGAGCGAGGUCCAGGUGAAGAUCUGGUUCCAGAACCGCCGCGCCAAGUGGAAACGCAUCAAGGCCGGCAACGUCAGCAACCGCUCGGGGGAGCCCGUCAGGAACCCCAAGAUCGUGGUGCCCAUCCCGGUGCACGUCAACAGGUUCGCCGUGAGGAGCCAGCACCAGCAAAUAGAACAAGGGACGCGACCGUGAACGCCGCCAAUGACGUCAUUGGGGCGCGCACACGCAAAACGAGACACUUCGAGCGCGAAGCGCAAACUGGACGGAGGACCGGAAAUAUGCUCUCGCUUUUUAUUUAUUGAUUUGUGAAUAUGUACAUAUUCAAAAGAAGAAGGCGGGGGGGGGGGGAAAAAAACAGUACAAAUGGGCCCGAUGAGAAGAAAGUGCCAAGAUUUUUUUGUUCUUUUUAUAUUUAUACGUCAGGCCAAAACUUUCUGUCGGUUGCAUGUCGUUUCCUCAUUUAGUGGAGAGUGUUUAGCUUUUCUUUUCGUUUGGCGUUUUGUACAAUUUGUUUGCAUGUAAGAGGGUUUUGUUAUUGGAAGAACCACAUUGGACAGAUCAUGAAACGAAAGCGACCAAUCAGGGGACGAGUGUAGAGUCUGUUGCUCGAAUAAAUCCGUUUAUAU